AAAGCGAUAAACUCGAAACGGCUUCUAUAGUGUCAGCAUGAUCAAACAUGUUUGCUGCCACCUGAGAAGGAACUGAAUUUUUAUUUUUCGCUAUUGAUUUUUCAAGAAUCCCUGUGGAAUACAAAAACCAGAGGACGACGUGAGGAGAAAAAAAAAGACGAGUUUAACAGGAUCUGUUAUGGAUUUGUUGACAUUUCUGGCACAGUGAAACUUCACAAAGAAGCUCAAAAGAAUGUAACAGUUUCGAGGAAUCAAAUCAUUGGGAUUUUGAAAAACGAAACAAAACGAAGGCUUUGGGAUUUGUGAAACCAUUCAGUCAUGUUGCGUUUGGAUUUCAGAUCACUGAUUCUUCCAAUUGGCAUUGUUCGGAUGGUGGAGGUGCUUCUAACAUGCAUCUGCUUUGCACUGGCAGCGUCAGCGGGGGAUAUAGCAACGUCCCAUUGGGCUUGGUGCAUGUUCUGCUGGUGCUUCUGCUGUUUCACGACCCUCCUCAUCAUCAUUUUGGAGUUUACCAACCUGAACACCAAAGUGCCCAUUUCCUGGGAAGACUUCACCAUGGCUUUUGCAAUGUUGGCCACACUUAUGAUGUUCACCAUUGCGAUCAUCUACCCCAAGUUCUUCUCCUGCCCCUCCUGCUCCAGGCAGAUCGGGGCGUCUGUAGUGUCCUGGUUGUGUUAUGGGCUGUACAGCGCUGAGGUCUGGCUGGUCCACAAACGACCUGGUGAAACCAGCGGCUUCCUCACCACCGUUCCUGGUCUCCUCAAGAUCCUGGAGACAUUCGUCGCCUGCAUCAUAUUCAUGUCUUUGAGUCCCGCCGACUAUAAGGUGGUUCCAGGAACGCAGUGGUGCGUGGCCGUCUACUCCAUAUGCUUUGUUUUCUCAUUGCUGAUUGUUUUCCUCACCAUCGCCAAGCUGUCUUCCAUCUUUCCAUUUUCUUUUGACAAAGCGGUCAUUAGCUUUAACAUCCUGGCUGUGGCUAUGUACGCAACUGCGGUUGUUAUCUGGCCACUAUAUGUGUUUGACGCAAAUAAUUGUGACCAGUGUUCACGGGAUGAUCUGGUGGUGGUGACCUCCAUGACCAUCAUAAACUUCUUCAUAUACACUGGAGAUUUGGCCUACUCUGUUAAAAUAGUAUUCUUUAGCUACCAUGGCCAGGAGUAAUGCCUUAUCCAUGCCAUAUCAUUGGUUUAACAUGAAAAAUAAUCUAUGCAAUGAUGUUAUUAGAUAUACUGUAUAUACUGAGUAGUCACUUAGCGAACCUUUCACACAAAAAAAAU